CAGAGAGAGAAAGGAAAAACACAUGAAUAAUUGAGUCCAAAUCAGUUGAGCCACCCUCCGUCCCUCAAAUACUCUCAGUCUAAUGAAGUCAGAGCCUACAGCUGGAUUCCCCAACACACUUCAGGAUCAGAGAGAAGUCGAAAACAGACCUCAGGCAUCUGGACAGAGUUUGUGUGUGGUCCAAAAGCUUCACUUGACUUUACUUUUUAACAUCUCUACAACUUUUUGGGGGUAAAGAGGCUGUUGGACCCAGGAUCAUCAUGAUACCAUGGUGGCCGAACUGCUAGGCCUGCCCUCGGUUUUUCUUCUCACCAUCCUUUUUGUAUUUACAACAAAUGGGCAAACGACACCACCAGCUCCUUUUCCAGAGGUGAAGAUCAAUCACAAAGGGGAGGUGGUGUACAAGGACACCAGUGUGUAUGGGGUGGUGGGCAGAGCCGUGAUUCUGGAGUGUGGUUCCUCCAAACCUGACCUGUACAUUUGGAGCUUCACCAAGCCUGGAACUGAGGCUAUAAAAGCAGUGGUGUAUGAUCUGGGACGAGGGCCGAGACCCCAGACCCUGGCAGAGACUCUCGGACAAGUGACAGUGAUCUCAAACAGCGCCGCCGUGAGCAUCGAGAAGUUGCCUCUGGCUGCUCACGGUCUGUUCACCUGCCAGGCCUUCUACGACAUAGACACGGAGGCCAGAGUCUACUACUACUAUGUGCAUCUUACCGUCCGAGUUCCUGUCAGUAAACCUUACCUGGUGCUGAGUGAUGUGUCUCCAGUGGAAGGAACAACCAUGUGGAUGCGCUGCAAAUUGGACAACGGGACCGGGCCAAUCCAGUACAUCUGGAAACAAGAAACUCGCAAUGGAAGUGUCACAGUUUACGCACAAACCAACACCAGCACUGUCAACAUGACCAACAUCAACCGCAACCACACCGGCUGGUACCGCUGUGUGGCCAAAAACCCGGUCAACAGCGAAGGAUCUGACCGCAUAUGGCUGGACAUCAUCUAUGGCCCUGAUCUUCCUCAGAUAGAUGUGACUCCGUACAGCAUGACAGAGCGUGGAUAUUCAGCCCUAGAAAGAGAGACUGUUUCUUUACUUUGUCAAGCUCAGUCUAACCCACCCAGUCAGUACGUGUGGCAUCUCAACAACUCCCAGCUCGCAUCUGGGUCACAGUUAACCAUCACCAAGGUACUUCGAACACACACUGGAGACUACACCUGCCUGGCUCAGAACACCUACCUCAAAACCCGCUCCAAAAAAACCAUCAGCCUGACUGUCUACUACCCACCUGAUGGCUCCCCCUCCUGCUCUGUGGAGGCCGCUGUGAACCAUACCUCUUUGAAACUGCUCUGCUUCUGGGCUGGAGGAUUUCCUCCACCCGCCCUAACCUGGAGCGGAGACCUGAAACAUACAGGGCCAGAGCAACUUAGCACAAAGCAACUAUCAAACCGCAACACUGCCAUGGUACUGCCUUCUGAGGGCAUCUCCUCCAACAGUUCGUUUACAUGCACCGGAUCCCACCCAGUCUUAAGACAGCCAACAGGGUGCAUCAUACGCACAUAUGUUCCUCCAGGGGAUCCGGUAUGUUUUGCCUAUGUAACUAACAAUAAACAGUAUCUGAUGUUGUCCUGCUCCUGGGAUGGAGGGGUCCCAAAGGCCUUGGUGUGGUGGGAAGGUCCAGGUGGUCACAACAAAGGGGGGCAGGAGAACUCCAACAUCCUCAUCAUUCGCUACGGCAGCGCCCACAGUCACACUCCUUACUCUUGCCACGCUAAACACCCACUUCUGGGUCAAACCAAGACCUGCAAACUCACACUGGAGGCUCCUGUGUUGCUGACGCAGAGGAGAGUCGUGUCUGUGUUCGAGGGCAGUGACGUCCAGCUAACCUGCAACCUGAGAUCCAACUACCUCCCAACCAAUGAAAUAACCUGGUUUAACAAUCACGGCAAAGACAUUCAGGACACGUCAAAGUACAUCCUGCUACGAACGUCUGCAUGGGCCAACCUGACUGUGAGAGACACAGAUGAGAGACAAGACAGCGGCGAGUACAGGUGCACUACUUCCAACGCAGUCGGAGGAACAGAAAUCAGUGUCAGAUUAGUGGUAAAGAGACACCCCAUGCCACCCAACGCAACCCUGGUCAGAGUGAUGUACAACAGCCGCCAUCGUAACCAGGUGGAGCUGGAGUGGCAGGUACUUGAAGAAGAAGAGAACCAAGGAAAGUGGACAGGCUUCAUCUUGGAGCACAGAUGGGUGUCAGAGCGACCAGGGAGGAAAAGCAACAGCAGUAAUCCAAAAGUCAAAAACGAGGAGAAGAUCAGUCAGAUAGUCUGGUACCCUAACAUCAUCCAGGACCCGGAGAGUCGAAGUCAUAUAGUAGGAAGCCUGACACCUACUGUCACCUACCAGUUCCGCAUCACACCCUUCAAUCACCGCACCCUGGGACACCCCUCUGCACCAAAGACUCCAGCGGAACCACGAUACAACGCAUUGCCUGCUAUCAUCGGUGCAGCUAUAGGCGGGAUGCUGUUUGCAGCGUUUCUCACAAUGUUGCUGCUCAUCUUCAUAAUCCGCAACCGACACAACAACCCCCGACUGCAUGACAUGCUGUUUGGCAUGCAGCACGGCCAGUCAAGGGAAAACAUUAACCUUCCAGAGGAUGAGGUGGUUGGAGGGUCAGAGGGAGGAAUAGAGGAUAUUGGUGGAUUAUCCACUUCAGGUCCAUCGAUGGCUUUACCCAGAGCGUCUUCACCCCUCACUAUCACACCCCAGAGUGCCACUCCCUCUGCUCAAGCCCCUCCCCCUGGAGACGAUAAUGACCCUGUCAGUGUCACCAUCACAGUGAAAUCUAUAGGCUCAUAGUCAGACAACACUGACUGUUUCCAUUGUGAUUUCGUGUUUUGUAGACACUUUCCACAUCUAUUCCAACUGUUACCAGCAUGUCGUCAUUUAACUAUCAAACCAUUUACAAUAAUCACAGGAUCUCCUUUAACUAGUUUGUCACACAUUUGAAAUAUUCAGCUAAAGGAAGGAUUUGUAUUCAUAGAUAAGUCAGCAGAGUUUUUACAUGUGACAUUUUUUUUUUUUUAGUUUUGUCCACUUGGAGGAAGUGGAAAUUGUGAUUUGCUUCGUUUUAAAACGUAGUGUUAUGGAGCACUUGUUAGCAAUAGUUCCUUAUUAACCUGUGCAGCAGUUACAAGAGCAAGCAGUAGUUUUUCUGUCCAUCUGGCAAAUUAAAGCCACCAUUUCUGCCAACUCCUCAUUAUUUGCUAAAUGCUUUGAUAUGUCAUGAAGUCAUUAGUUGUGCUUUGUUGCUUGUUAGAGAUAUUUCCAGCCAAAAACACCCUGGUGUGAGAAGUGGCA